GCCAAGGUCGACGAACCACUCGAAUCUCUUGCCCGUAGUCGUUCCGAGCUCAUCGCGAACGCUGUCUCCUAGCGCUCGGCGGUGACUCCAAGGCGCAGUGCGCUAUAUUUGCGCGUUGGGUCGACGUUGAGUUCCAACUCACAAACUUCUCGCGUAUACUAAGUGUUAAAUAACACGCGUGGCUGUGGGGAGCCUGACGGGGUUGACUUUGCGCCAGGAGUCGUCGAAGGAAGUCACUCGCAAACAUGGAGCACCCCGAGCGCAGCACGUCGCCACGCUUAUCACUGACCCCAGUGAGGCCCGGUAUCACCCUAAGGUGGGAGUCCAGCAACCUUCUGGCUUCGACUGCCCUCUUGGCCCUGGCGAAGAGUUGUCGUUGGUCUUCCAGGUACCAGAGGGCGUGCAGGUCAUGGACAGGUCCUCUCUCAAUUUCUUCUGGCACUGGUUCCUCCCGAUCUGCCUAUUCUUCUUUGUGCCACACGUUAUCGUGUGCACGAUCUCUUUCGUGGUCACCUACGGGUCAUCCACGGGAGACGCAUUUGAGCGGGGAUUGCUACCCUUCUGGUACGACGCCUGGACACUACAUGGUGUCGGCACACCACAGACUUGGGUCUUCCUCGCGUUGUUCGCAGCUUACAGUGGUCUCUCCCUUCUGGUUCUUCCCGGAAAAAUAUACUACGGGCCACCAACGUUAACGGGCCACCGACCUGUCUACCGCAACUCUGGCUUCACGUACUACGUGAUAAGCAUGGCCUUGGCCGCAUUCAUUCUUCUCGUUCAAGAUGCGCGUGCCUGGUCCAUUUACAGGAACCUGCCUGGAGUGGCUGUUGCCCUCACGAUAAUCGGCUACGUCGUUACGUUGCUCAUAUACAUCAAAGGCAAACUUUGGCCGUCUCCGGGAGAGUACGGUUCGACUGGGAGUGUGGUGUUUGACAUCUACUGGGGCCUGGAGCUCUACCCGCGCAUAGGAGACCGCUUCGACGUGAAGCAGUGGACCAACUGUCGCUUUGGCAUGAUGAUGUGGCAGCUUCUGGUGCUGGUCAGCUGGAAGGCUCAAGUGGAGACGACGGGCUGGAAUUGGCCCAUGGCAACCACAGCUUUGUUGCAGACAAUCUACAUCGCCAAGUUCUUUUGGUGGGAAGACGGAUACAUGCAGACCAUCGACAUCAUCGUAGACAGAGCAGGUUACUACAUCUGCUGGGGCUGCAUCUGCUUUCUGAGCCUGAUGUACCCUCUAACGAGUCUCUACAUGGUCGAGAACAGCCCCGAGUCCGGCCCUGUCGGGGCAACGCUCACGUUCCUGAUAGGCGUCGCCAUGAUAGGCCUCAACUACUGGACAGACUAUCAGAGGCAGGUGGUACGGGCGACGCAGGGAAAGUGCACCAUCUGGGGAUCUUCACCGAAACUGAUCAAGGCGUCUUACCGGGACGCGACGGGAAAACAGAGGACCAACCUGCUUCUCGCUUCGGGAUUCUGGUCGCUGAGCCGCCACAUGAACUACGUGUUCGAGAUUCUCGCCGCUUUGUGCUGGAGUCUCCCAUCCGGAGCCUCAAGCCUCGUGCCCUAUGUGUACGUGAUCUACCUCUGCGGUUUGCUCCUGCACCGAAGCUACAGGGACGAGGAAAAGUGCUCCAAGAAGUACGGAGAGUACUGGAAGCAGUACUGCAGUUUAGUCAAGUGCCAAUUUAUACCGUAUUUAUUUUAAAUGCGCGUUAAGAUGAAGAGCAGCAAGGACAAGUUUCUACGGUUGUGUGUGAAUAAAGUGUGACAUUUUAUAGUCGUUGCGUAUGCAGUUGUCGAAACAGACUACCCGGCAUGAAGUGCGGCAACGAUUUACGAAGUGUUGAUGGCAUUGCUUCCCCAUGGACGCAGUCACAACUGCCAGUGCUUUUGUUACGAUGCGCAUUGAGAAUACAUCAUAAGUUUACUUGAAUUGGCAAAGUUGUGAUUUAUCAAUUACCGAUACAUUUUGAAGAAAUUACGUCUUUGAGAGGCUCAACCAUUACGACUGGUUGCCACAAAGUAUUGUUAAAGUGGGCACUAAAUAGGGGCAUUCAAUCGAGCUAGACUGGAUGUUUCCUAUGUUGGAAACUGUGCACAUUCGUUUCAUGGAAAAGAACGGGACAUUGGCGGAGAACAAGAUGGCCACAAAUAAUUCGUCUUUAUUUCUAUCUCAAACUGCAGUACCAUUCAUUUAGGCGUGAAGCCACUGAGUUUGCGUAUAUUUUUUUUCGUAUUUUGGUCUUAUCUUGCAUAAGUAGCUUGCAAAUGCCCUCAAGUUUCCGUUCGUUUCAAAAGUCAAAGUGAAUGGCUUGAAUUAAUGAAGGUUUUGCUACCUCUGACUAAAGGUGACUGCAAUAGAUGUUGUAAUGUGUAAAUUAUGCUGAAAGUUCACGUUUGCCUCAUGCCCAGUGUUAUAUCUUGGUUUCCUUCUUUUUUUUUUGCAUGCCAAGCUUCCGCUUUAGUUCAAGCUUUCCUCCACAAUUAUUUUUUAAGUGUAGUGUACAACAAUAAACUAAUUUUAUUUUCCAA